AGGGCUAUGGCCAUUGUUUCGCUCCUGGUCUCUCUCCCCUUCCUCCCAGUCUGGUUAAUUUAACCACCACAGCAGUUUUUAAAAAAAUAAAAAUUAAAAAAAAAAACACGAAAAACGGACGGCAAGAUGGCUGAGAUGGGCAAGGGAGUCACUGCAGGGAAAAUAGCCAGCAAUAUGCAGAAGAAACUCACCAGGGCUCAAGAGAAGGUCCUCCAGAAACUUGGCAAAGCUGAUGAAACAAAAGAUGAGCAAUUUGAGCAGUGUGUGCAAAACUUCAACAAACAACUGACGGAAGGAAGCAAGUUGCAGAAGGAUCUCCGGACAUACCUGGCUUCAGUAAAAGCAAUGCAUGACGCUUCCAAGAAACUGACAGAAUGUUUGCAAGAAGUCUAUGAGCCAGAGUGGCCGGGAAGAGAUGAUACCAAUAAAAUAGCAGAGAACAAUGACCUGCUGUGGAAUGACUUCCAUCAGAAGUUGGUGGAUCAGGCACUGCUAACUAUGGACACCUACCUCGGCCAGUUUCCAGACAUAAAAUCUCGCAUUGCUAAACGGGGAAGGAAACUUGUAGAUUAUGACAGUGCCAGACAUCAUUAUGAAUCUCUACAGACUGCGAAGAAGAAAGAUGAAACUAAAAUUGCCAAGCCUGUUUCGUUGCUUGAGAAAGCUGCGCCUCAGUGGUGCCAAGGGAAGCUACAAGCGCAUCUCGUAGCUCAGACUAAUCUGCUGCGGAACCAGGCUGAAGAAGAAUUAGUAAAAGCCCAGAAAGUAUUUGAGGAGAUGAACAUUGAUCUUCAGGAAGAACUGCCUUCACUAUGGAAUAGUCGUGUUGGUUUCUACGUCAACACAUUCCAGAGUAUUGCUGGCUUAGAAGAGAACUUUCAUAAGGAAAUGGGCAAGUUGAACCAAAACUUGAACGAUGUCCUUGUGAGUCUAGAGAAAGAGCAGGCAACAAGCACCUAUCCUGUUAAAGCUCAGCCAAGAAAGAAAACUAAACUGUUCUCCAGGCUGAGGAAAAAGAUGAGCAGUGAUAGUACAAAAGCAAACAAACCUCCCUCGUCUCCACCUGAUGGGACUCCCAUCACCAGCCCUGAGACCAAGGCCAUCAACCACGAGCCAGAGCCAUCCACUUUGGAAACACCUGGGGGAGGCAUCCCUAAGUCUCCAUCUCAGUUGAGGAAAGGCCCUCCCGUGCCGCCACCUCCAAAACUCACUCCGUCCAAGGAGAUGAAGCAGGAGAACAUCAUCAACCUGUUUGAUGACAAUUUUGUCCCAGAAAUCAGUGUGACAACCCCCUCACAGUUUGAUGCCCCUGGGCCCUUCCAGGAGGGAGCCAGCCUGUUGGAUCUGGAUUUUGAUCCCAUUAAACCAGAUAACAGCUCUGUAGGGAAGUCGCCCACACCCACGCCUGUGGCCCAGUCUCUGCCUUGGGAUUUAUGGGAGUCUGAAAAGACUCCCUCUAGCAGCGUGCAAUCUAUGGAUCAGUUUCCUGACGAUAAUCCUAGCAAUAGUGCAUUCGUGGUGGACUGGCCUGACCAGACCACUGAGACUGAGAUCAGCCAAUCCACAGAAGCCGCUCCUGCUGGUGCUGAGGCAGCUGGCAAAGAAGCAGCAGCUGGAGCUGAAGCAGCUAAAACCGAAACUGACUCAGGAUCUGCCUCAAGCUCUCUGCCUGCUGUAGUUGUGGAGACCUUCCCAGCCACAGUCAAUGGAACAGUUGAGAGUGGAGCCCCCUCUGAGAGGGCUGACAUGCCACCAGGUUUCCUGUUCAAGGUACAAGCCAUGCAUGACUAUGCUGCCACUGACAAUGAUGAACUACAAUUGAAGGCUGGGGAUGUUGUCCUGGUGAUUCCAUUUGACAACCCUGAAGAGCAGGAUGAAGGAUGGCUGAUGGGUGUGAAAGAGUCUGAUUGGCUUCAGAACAAAGAUUUUGACCAAUGCCGAGGAGUUUUCCCAGAGAAUUUCACAGAACGGGUGCAGUGAGGUCCCACUGUUUCUGGUGGCUUCUCUUCAGCAAGAGCGCAAGAGGUGUUUUCUUCCUCUCCCCCCGCUGGGGAAAGUCUAAAAAUAAUAGAAUUUUAAAGGAACAAAAGCCUAAAGGUUGGAUUCUUCACAGAAAACGUUUUAGAAGUACAUUGAAUUCAAAGUGUUGUUAUCAAAUAUAUAGGUAAUAAAGGAAGACAGGUUGAAAAAAAGUCCUUUUUCCUUUUGAUUUGAACAGUGUUCAAAAGGUUGUUACCAAAGUGGCAGAGUAAUUUUGUGUGAUUUGGAAUUAGGGUGUGUUCAGCAUCAUAAGCCGUGAAAUACUAAUUGUCCCAUUAUCCUGAAACUACACAAUAAAGUUUACCUUGUGGGAAAGUGCAGUCAACCUGUCUUGUGGCUGAAGUUGCUUACGUGGCAUCCCCUGGAUUCCAGACCCUGCAAAUUAUUCAGACCUCUUGCCAUAAGCCCAAUGCCUGUCAUGCUGUUGAAAAGAAAUAUUUAGUGUACAGUGUUCACAAAUUAUGAUUGUGUGUGAGUGCGUGUGCGUGUGUGUGUCAUUCUUCCUUCGGAAAAUCUAACAAGAACUGUGAUUUAUACAUUUAAAUGCAAAGAAAGUUAACUGUGAGCGCAUAUCGGAAAGGAAAAUGAAGAAAGCUAUGCUUAACCCAACGUCCCUCCAAAGAUGUGUUUUAAAAUACUACAUUCACACUUGCUUUUUUUUUGUCUUUUAAAAAUAAAGCAAAAGCACUGUAAAGGUAUAAACAUAGCUUUACUGGGAAUUUUAAAAAAUAUAUUCCGGAUUUGUUAAGCUAGUGAGCAAGAAGUGGCUCUAAAUCCUGCUGCAUCUGAAAGGAAGGAGUGGAGAGAGAUCUGCAACAUGAUGAAAUCUGGGGAAAGUUGAGGAGGGGGGGGACUUUAUUUCCUAUUUUUGUUUCCUCUGUGUGUUGAAGAAGUGUACAGAUGCACACACCCCUCUUCAUCUGUUUUAUCUCAUGCACAGUUGGUGACUAUGCCAGACAGCUUGAGCUUAUAGAUUUUGAGCAGUUGCCAAAGUGCACAGGGACUUGCACUGGUGUACCUAUAGCUGUGUCCAUUGCUUGAGAAAUCCAACCAGCUUAUGUUCCAUUAUAAGAAGUUAAUACCAAUAUUCAGUCCAUACAGUUGUGCCAGUGUAGCUGUUUCUAUGCUACAGAUGCCUCUUAGGAGGCCACAUAGGGGUGUUGAUAGUGGCGGUUGCUUGUCUAGUAAUAUGCCCCCAUGCUGCUGGACCCAUGCAAGCUCCUGGCAGUGCCUGCAGCGUCACUGUUUGUGAAAAGCAUGCUGGUGCACCAGUUAUUGCGCUCCGUCUUAAACACUUAUUUGGCAGUGCAGUGGCUCUUAAGGCAGGGGGUCAGGCGGGAGGGGAGAAAAUAGAUGCAUAACUUAUUUUUUAAAAUGGAGUUGGUUGAAAUGGAAAUUUCUCACUUCUGAGACAUUGCAGUGUAAAAAGCCAGCUUGGAAAUGGUACUCCUGUGGGUUUCAAAUUGUAUUUUAAGAAAUCCUGGAUUUCCUCAGGGAUUAUCAGGAGCUUCUCAGUAAGAAGGCCAGUGAUUGAAGGCCAAUUUUCCUACCAGACAGCUUGCUCGCUGAUACUGAACUUCCCCUGUAAUGUGGAGCUUCUGAUGAGAGCUUAGUGAUUUCUAGAGUACCCUCUCAGUUCAUGUAGAGCAACACUGUGGCCCAACAGGCCUGGCCAAUGUCUUGUUGAGUUGAACGUGCACCCUGAAAUGUGCCCCAGUGUCCUUUGCGAUGCACAGGGGUUACGUAGCACACAUCAUGGUUUUCUGAAUCAACUAGUCAAAGUGGAAACAUUUCCUUCUCGGUAGAAAAUGUGAAAACCAUUGUUCCAAUUUAUAUAUUUGAAUUUGCAUUGCUUCCAUUGUUCCUGUUAAGUUGCUUUGUGUAUUGUUAUGUGCAAACACGUUGCUAGGCAGUUUUCAGAGUGAACAAUAUUUCUAUCAAUAGCAACAGGUUUGUUUCCUCCCAGCACAACUGAAGCUUGUAGUACUUAAAACUUUCCUUGAAUGACUGAUGCCGCCAGAGAACUCUUUUUAUGAUCCUUUUAUGUUUGGGUUCAUUUGUUUCCAAGUUCUCUUUUGGAUUUUUUAAUUGUAUUUCUUAGGGCAUGUCUACACCAUCCAUUUAUCCCGGGGCCAUCAUGAGUUUGUACCUGUGCGUCCAAAUGAUGCAUGGGAUUCUGGGGUCAACUGGGGAUGACCACACACUUUCCCAGGAAUAAAAUGGACAGCAGUUAUCUCGAUUUUUCCCACCGUCCUGGGACAACGCUGAGGAUGGUGGGCGGUGUGGCACGCGCUCCUGGGUCCUCCCUCCUCCCCACAAGUAGCGCAUCACAACAAACAAGUGCAGAGCUCUGCUGGGGGAAGGGGCUCCGUGCCCAUCGGGGGUAAGGGGGUGAGCUUUUCUGCCAUCCUUGGGAUGGCUGUCGGCAUUUUACAGCACUGGCUUUGGGGUUUUUGUGUGUGUGUGUGUUUUUUAAACUUUUGCGCUGGAUCACACCCUUGCACUUAUGCAAAAGUCUCCCCUUUUCUGGUGAGCGGGAAACACGCCACGCCAGAGCAUCCCUCCUGACUUCCGGGACGUUGCGGUGGUGUGUGCAUGCUGGGGGACAAUCCAGGAAGUGGGAAAGCAUGAGAUCUUCCCCCCUUCCCCGCCCCAGAUAGCAGGUAGGUGUAGACAUGCAGUUAUUUGGCUAGAAGGGAUUCCUCUCGGACAGGCUAUCUCCUCUUGCACUGAAAUACAUAUUGAAUAAUCUUAUAAAACGUAAGCUGCUUUUAGAACAGAACAGCAAGCCAAGUUGCACCACAAAAAAGAAGAAGUUUAAAAUGGCUUGUACAAACACGGAAGUUGGGGUGGGGAGAGCAGAGGUAGAGAGUAUAACAACUCUUUACUAUGGCUGGGUUCGGACAACACAAUAGUCAAUGGUGGGUUAAUAGUCAACUCUAUAGUUGAUUUUUGAGGUGGUACCCCUCCAUGGCAUGAUCAUUAUCAACCGUGAUGUGGAUUAAGGCCAGCCUCAAGUUGAUUAUAGUCAAUGGUGUGUUUGACUGACAUAUCCCCUGCCUUCUCUCCCCUCAGUCCUCCUGCUAGUAUCCGAUCAGCCACUGCAAGUUCUAGAGCGGCAGCCACCACUUCGAUCGCUCUUGCCAGGGGACUCUAUUGUCACUGAAAAUAACCAACUAUGUGUGAUGAAAUAGUCAGCGGUGUCUGACACACGACACGCUAAACAAUGGUUGUUCAAAUAAUUCUGCACAGUGUUGGCUAUUUCGGCCAAAUAACCAACCAUAGUAUGAAAAGGCCCCAACAGAUGACACAGUGACCCACCAUUCAUUAACCCACUCUUGGUUAUCGUUUGUCCGAUCCCAGUCUAUAAGGCCAAAGGUGGGGCUUUUCUUUAACUCAGUAACAAGACACUGGUCCCAUUUUGUGAUCCACUUAUAAAUCCCAAUCCAGAGUCCCUGCACAGUCAAGAGUGCAUCCAUAAAACCAAGGGCUUUAGGGAACUGUGUGUGAGUGCUGCUGCUACUACAGUUGUAAUUGUAGUUACAAUUGCGUAUGCACUUACAACUACUUCAUCAGUCUCUUGUAAAAUAACUCCAGUCUUUAUAACAGGGGUGCAGAAUCUCCGGUCAAGGGGCCAAAUCUGGCCAACCUGGGUUCCAAUUUGGCCUACCUAGGUUCCCCAGGUGGCCAUCUUGUUUCCCCCCUUUUCCCCAGUCACCAAUCAUUUGCUGGGGUGGCGGUAGGGUGUUCCUGACUUUUGUUAGCUUUCUCCGCCAUUUUAAAAGGUUGAAAUGUCUCUCCUAAGGCUUGGUUGCAGGCAGUAAGAGCUUUUAAGCUAAAUUGCUGGUAUUUAUGGCUGCACCUCUUUCGCCUUUGGCCCCAGCCAGCACUGGAAUGUGCCCCCCCCCCGAGAGCACCUAUGAAAUUGAAUUUGGAAAGUGGUUCAAGCUACCUGCUUUAUAAUGUUUUCAAAAAUUUUUAAAAAAUGACUCAGUGGGCUUUCCAAAAGGAAAAAGAAUCAAUGUAUUCUGGACCUGGUGAUGCACCUUCCUUCUGCCAAACUUCCGUUAUUUAAAUUAUUCUAUAUAGUACAUCAACCAUCUCCUAAAAUUAGCCCACUACAAGCUUGUAAAUUAUUGCAUUGUUGAUGGUUAAUGCAGCAUAUCCUUAUUCUUGCAUCAUUCAGAACUAUUCUUAAGUAUUUCUAAAAGCAAUUUGUCCUCCUACAAAGGGAAACACUGUGAGGCAUCUAUAAAGGAAUAUCAAGUAAAAUAUGUUUAUCCAUUAAGUGUAAUAUCUAUUUUUAUGCAAAAAAGGCGGGAAUCAACCCUGUGGAUUUUUUAAAAAAAAUGAUGAUGAGAUUAUAAUUUCCAGAAUCAAGGUAUGACACUUAAACUGCUUCUCUAGCUGCUAAAAAUACAUAGAAAUUUUUGCUGACUUCUAAUUUAUUGUCUCUUCAUGAUGUUUGUGUCUGAUUUUUGAGACAAGUGUUACAAAACUUUUCUGAUCAAGUUUUCAUUUUGUUGUUGGAAAAGCAGCCAUCCAGUACUGUAUUACGUACUUUAUUGAUUCUGUAUUCUGACGCUGUACAAAUGGUAUCAAGUUUGGCCUUUAAAAGAAUGGUUAAUAAGCUUGUAGUUUUCGGGUCUCAUUCAAUUUUCUUUAGUCGGUGUAACAGGGAAAGGGGUCCGUCUCACUGAUCUCAAUUUGCUUCUGAAGAAAUGUGCUCAAUAAAAAGGGAAUAAUUCAACUGAAAAAUAGGAAAACUUCUCAUAUGGUCUGGACCUUCUACAAGAGUAGAAAGCUCAAGUGUUAUAAUGGAAUAUAUUUGUAUUAGGCCUUCAAUGAUUGAUUGGCUAAAUGAAUCAAUUAUAAACAUAUUUAAUUGACUUAAAAGGUGUCACCAAUUAAUUAGGCAGCAGUUUUUUAAAAACAACAACAACAUAUAAGCCCUUAUAAAUGCUGUAAAUGGCAAGCACAUCUUACAGAGGCAUUCUAUGUUAUCUCAUACUCUAAGACAAUGCUUGCAAUGUGUGAAUCAUCUAAAAACAAAGUAUGUUCAAAGUAGCUUCCAUGGACAGAAGGAUUUCUUCCGUCAGUGGGGCACUCUUGAUCUAUAGGCUAUUUUCCACCGGCUGAAUAGAGGAGAGCAGAUCUUUGCAAAUCACCCCACCCGCCCUGCCUCAUGUAAUCUACUGUGUAUCCCCACCCAAAAUCUGCUCAUGAGGAUUGGGAGAACCUUUUCACCAGCAGGGAUGUUCCUGCUAAUGGAAUAAAAACACAUUGCUUCUACACAUAUGCUAUUUUAUGUGAAUGUAUCAGUUAACUCAUGUGAGUUAACUCAUGUGAUUAAUCAAUUGACAUUGAUAACUCAUGUGAUUAAUCAAUUGAUUUAAAAAAAAAGAAAAGGAAAAUGAGUGAGGAAACUGGUGGUGCUUUGGGGGGCAUUAUCAUAUUCCCUGCCCAGUGAGUGAACAGUCUGUUUCUGGAAGAAUUUCCUAAGGAAAAUGAUCAACACCCUCCUCUUGAUUGUGUAGAUACAUUUCCGUGAAGAUUACUGAUUUCCAGAUCUGCAGUUAAAUUAAGGUGCAUUUUGGGUGUGAUAACUCCAUUUUGGUAAAAUAUUAACAUUGCGAUCCUGUACAUAACUACUCAGCACUAAGUCCCAUUGACUUUGGUGGGAUUUACUUCCUGAGAAAUGAGUGCAGGAUUGCAGACUUUUUAGGCAUCUUUUGCAAAGAGCCAGUUAUGCUGGGCCCUAUUGAAUGCUGAAGAAAUCAAGAUACCUUUAAGCUCUCAAAAAGCUUAAUGGGGCUUAUGUUCAUGUGCUUGGCACAGAGUGGUUCCAUAUAAUUCAAACCUCCAACUGUAAAUCAGGGCUAUGAUUGUAGAUAUACCAAAGGGAAACUUGAUAAAGUAAUAUGGCAACUUGAGAUAACUUUUGCAAAGAUUUUAGAGAAUGGAAUAUGUCUCAUUAAAGAGAGAUUUUGCAAAAGUAAAGCUGGUCCUCCUCUCCCAAAGUACACAUUUUACUAUAACCUCAUCUUAACAUACAUAGGAAGCUUUACAGAUGGUAAAGAUGAUAGUCCUACUUAGGGUAGAUCCAUUGAAAUGAAUGGUACUUAAGGUAGACUAGCAUUAGAUAUAGCCUCUAAUCUUCAUUUCACAAAAAAUUAAGUCAUUCAGACAAUGGUGCAACUGGAAAGGUUCUGAAAGAUCUUUGCAGGAACUGUGUGUUCAGAAAUAAACAUGGAUGAUCUGUGGCAAAAAACCUCUGUGUUCUAAGACUAUGGCCAACAGAGGUGAUUGCAUGAUCCUGAGGUAACUAUUCAAUCUUUAGCCAAUGGUACCUAACCAAAUUGGAUAACUCAUCCUUGUCUAUGUGUUGUUGUGUGUGUGUUUUUGGCCGGGGGGGGGGCUCUUUGGCCAAUUAGAAGAGCAAAUUCCCUGGUGGAUUUCAACAAAUUGAUUUUAAUAUAGGGUUUUGUUACCACUGAGGAGAAACAUCCUUCACUGUUUCAUACAGUGUGAGCAGCUUGGGGUUCUCAUCUUUACGAUAAGCACCACAUUUUAAUGACUGACAAUCAGCCACACACUGCACUGGUAAAAAGGUAACUGAAAGAGAAAGUUCUCUUAAGGGAGAUCCUAUAGGAUAGUGGAUUCUUGACCCUAAUGUAGAGCCAAGCUUUCAGUCACAGUUAACAUAGCACUUCAUAAGUCAAGAAAAGUUUAGCACCAAUUUCCAUGUUUAAGUAAGUCUUACCCAUGAGUUCCAGGUGUGCAGUGUAGUGAUGGAAAACCCAUUGCUCCAUUUCUCACCUGUUGGACAGCUCUGCUGGACAGAGUGCAGCCUCAGAAGUUUUUGGUCUGUGGAGUGUUUUGGGAUUGCCAGACCACUAUAAAUGCUGAGCAUCACAAAGUAGUUUUGCAUAGGUCACCUUCUCCCUUGAUGUUCUGGGCAGCUUCCCACUUGCACGGAAACACCACUUUUCCAAAAGUUUUUGGAGCUACCAAGCUGGAAAAGGAGAAUUUUCCUCCAGGAAGCAACAUCAUUUAGGGAUUGGAAGUACGUUGUGUGCCUCUGCUCAUUUGGUGAGAAAUGUAUAGUAAUUGGGGCAGGGUGGGUGGAAACCACAGGUCCAUCUUUGCUAACAAGCCUAGCUUUCCCUUUAUAUAGCAUGGCUGCUGUUGCAAACUGCAGAGAGAAGUGUUCCACUUGACUUGGAAAGUAUGAGCGUCUUAUGGGCUUUGUAGCACAUGGAUGGACAGGCCUUUUUGCGCCAUAUGCACAUGGUUUAAAAUAUUUUAAUGAAAGAUUAAAAAGCCUGUUAUGAGGAGUUGGAAUGUGUGAAGUUAAUAAAUGUUAGUCCCACUUUUUAUAGCAAACAUGAGAUACUAAAAGUGGGAGACAGACUUUGGAUUUCAGGUGUGAGUGAAGGUGGUGGUGCUAUAUUGGUGUGUUGCUAGCUAGAGUUGGCCAAACCAGAGAUCAGGAAAAUUGUGAUAAGGUUCAGGUACUGGCUUGGUCUGAAUGCCUCCCUAUUCAAUGAUGUUUACUAAGCAGCAAGGUCAACUUUUCCUCUAACCCACUCCUCUCCAGUUUUUUUUUUAAACCUCAGCUAUGGUACCAUGUAUACAAGCUCUUGCCCUAAAAUAAAAAUGCAGAUAGUUGCUGCCAUUUAACAUGUCAAAUCAGAAUUCUUCAUUUCUUCCUGUUUACUUUUGCUCUGGGGAAACAUUAAUAAAGCCGAAAAAGCAAGUUAUUCUCAUUGUUUGAAAAAUGAAUACGUGGACAAUUGCAGUUCUAUUUUGAUAUAUGCUGCCUAUGUAAUUCUCUCACUUGCAGAUAUGGCUGUAUUCCUAAAAAAAAUUAAAAUCUUACCUGAUGCUCGCUGGAUGUUAUCCCUGUUUUCCAAUGCUUCUCUAACUCAAUGACUUUGAUUCUCUGUAUUUAACAGAAGAUGUGGUUUUUAAAAAAAAAUAAAAAAAAAUCAGCCAUUUACUUGGACUCUGUAACUCUUAGAAUACCUGACAUUCUGGGUGGUAUUCCAUUUGUUUUACAACAACAAGAAACUAUCCUGGUGUACUGAGAAAUGUGACUCCCACUUUUAGUGACAUGUACUUCAUGAAUUUAUUUAUCCCAUAUGUUCAGAAAUAUAAUUUUGUGUCAUCCUG